ACAGUGAUGCGUUUAUAAAACCACAGUUCGCGGCAAAAAACUGUUUCAGUCGGAGCGACCUGCGCGCGCGCAAGGUCAAGAGCACGCCACGAACGAAUCUUUUGAAAAUCGAACACACGCUCGGCGACCCAGCCCGAAAGAUGGUGUGUUAAAAAGAAAACACCUCGUGUUUUUUGUUUACCUAUCUAUGCGAAAAAAACAUUGACUGGAAAUAAUACUGGUGAAUUUGAGGUGCUUGAUUAAAGAAACAAUAAUAUGCGCAAAGUGGUUGAAUCUUGAAAACUUUUUACGAUUAGAAUGAGUUCGCGAUUUCCCAAGCUGCUGGCUGAAAAUUAAAAAAAGAAAAUCCCGUGUAUUCGCACGUGAAUUCCAAAUUUAAACGCGUAAGCUCGCCCGCGCGUGCGCCGCGCUAACAACUGACUAUUGUGUUGGAAUGUUUAAAGUUCAAAAUAAGAACUUGAAAUCUACAAAGUGCCAGUGAAUAAGCUGUCAAAUUGGGGGGCUAUAACGACUCACAGUCAGGCGCGGGCGCGGGGCGCUGCGGCGCGCGCAGCAUGCUCUCCAGCAUCAAGGGCUUCUGGAAGGUCUGCCGGUAUGGAGACCUGUACAUGGUGUUGGCGGCGCUGGCCGCGCAGUCCAUCAACAUAUCGGUGGGGUUCUGCCAGGGCUUCUCGGCCGUGCUGCUGCCCCAGUACACGUUGGAACACCCCAACAUCACGUUUGAACAGAGCUCAUGGAUUGCGAGCCUGGGCGUGAUCUCCAACCCCAUCGGGGCGCUGCUCGGGGGCAUGAUGGUGGACGCCAUCGGCCGGCGCCUGCUGCUGCAGUCCAUCGUGCUGCCCAACCUGGUGGGCUGGGUCGUCAUCGCCUUCUCGGAGACCUAUAUCUUCCUGUGUGUGGGCAGGUUCAUCACUGGCUUUACUAUUGGCAUGUCAACGGCUUCAUACAUCUACGUCGCAGAAAUCACUACACCAGAAAAGCGCGGCGUCCUCAGCGCCCUCGGGCCUGGGCUCGUCUCUACCGGCAUAUUCAUCGUCUACUCCCUUGGAGCCUUCAUCCACUGGAGGAAGGUGGCUGCGAUAUGCGCCGGAGUGUCCCUUCUAACCCCUUUCCUCAUGUACUUUGUCCCAGAGUCGCCUCUAUGGCUAGCCUCUAAAGGACAAAUGAAGGAGGCAUAUAGUUCCAUGUUCUGGCUGCGGCAAAACAACAGCACGGCGCAACAGGAACUGAUGGAGUUCACCAAAGACCGCAAGAUCGGAGAGACCAUGAGCUUCCGGGAAAAAUUGGGGCUUUUCAAGCGGAGAAGCGUUCUGAAACCUUUCAGCAUUCUGAUAAUAUUCUUCGUGUUCCAAGAGAUGUCUGGAAUCUACGUGAUUCUGUACUAUGCCGUUGACUUCUUCAAGUCCGUUGGGACGAGUGUCAACGAGUUCACAGCUUCCAUUAUAGUCGGUGGAGUGAGAGUGUUUAUGGGGGCUGUUGGGGCUUGCCUUAUCAACAGUUUCAGACGAAAAACUUUGGCAGCCACUUCAGGUCUUCUACUUGGCGUAGCCAUGUUAGGGGCGGCUGUAUGCGAUACCUUAAAUGGUCCUCCUUUAGUAAAACUGGCGUGCGUGUUACUUCACGUUUCAUUCAGCAUGGUGGGCUUUCUGCAACUGCCGUGGAUAAUGUCAGGAGAACUCUACCCUCAGGAAAUAAGAGGGGUGAUGUCCGGAGCGACAUCUUGCUGUGCCUAUGUGCUGAUUUUCUUCAACAUCAAGACAUACCCUCAGUUGGAGAACAUGGUGACCAGUAAUGGAACUUUGUAUAUCUUUGGUCUCUGUGCACUGGUUGGUGCUAUGUACUGUUAUAUAUUCCUUCCAGAGACAAAGGGGAAAUCUUUGACAGAGAUAAUGAAGCAAUUUGAUACUGUUAAAAAGGAUAUAGACCCGGAAAUUGGCUGUGGGAAUGUCAAAGAAAAGUGUUUCGAAGGAAAAACAGUGCAAAGGAGGCACAGUGCUGGGGCGACUGUUUCUUUAGAGAAGAAUUGUAUUUUCGCCGCCACCUGGAUACCCAAAGAUGGAGAGAAAAGUAAAAACUAAAAGUAGAUAGUUCCUUUGAAGAGUUACCAAUUAAUUUGUGAAGUUGUACAGUUAGAUUUAAGAUCAUUUUUGAUGUUUGUUGUGUUUACUAUUUUAAUUAAAUAUAAAAAUCAUUGUUUAUUUAUGUGAUCAGUAUUAUAGAAGUAUAUUCUAACAUUUUUGUGUGUGUUUACAAGAAUUUAUACAUUCCAUUAGGUUAGAGAAUAGUAUUAGGCGAUCAUAGAUUAAAGAGGAUAAAAAUGCACAUUUAUUUGGUACCAGUUGAUAAAGGCUGAAUCGUGUUUUUUUAUUGGUACUUAUUCUGGUUACUAAUUUGAAUUAAGAUCAGUUUUAGAUUUUGUAUGAAAUUGACAUUAAUUUUGUUGAACUAAUAUUUGCUAUGACUAUGAGACGAAUUUAAUAUUUUUAUAAGAUAACAUGCUGUGAUGUAAGUGAAUUUAUAAUAAAGUGUAUGAGGUUGUUUUCAA